UAUCCAUGAUCCAUUAUAGAUAAUAUAAAAUUAUAAAAGUAUUUCAUCUUUUUAUUGAUGUUAGAAUUUUGAGUUUUUAAAAUGUAAUUAUCUCUUAUGCACCAACUAUAGUAAUAAAGAGUAAUGAGUAUACAUUGACUUAUGAUAUUUAUAUAAAAAAUAGUAAUUACAAUUAUUAUAUGGUUGUACGAAGUUCAAAGACGAUUUGCAAUCUUGUUUUUGCCACUGACUUUUAAAACUUUUUAGUAUUACUUUAAGUAUAAAAUAACGAUUAUUAUUCACUCGUGAACACGACUCGCUGAUCAUGAUUUCUAUGAGCCGAAAUUAUUCGAUGGCAAGUAAAGGGAGAGUGUUAAUCGGAGGUGGAACAGGAUUUGUUGGAAAAUAUUUGAAACAAUAUCUCAAGGACCAAAAUUAUGAUGUUACUAUCAUAUCUAGAAAAAACAAUGAGUUUACUAAAUCUGAUUCUGUUAUAAGCUGGGAUCAAGUAAGAAAAAAUGAAAUUCCACUUGAUACAGUAGCUGUUAUUAAUGCGGCUGGUGAACCAAUUCUUGAACCUACACGAUUAUGGACUAGCAAGUUUAAAAAAUCUGUAUGGGAUAGUAGAGUAUUGACUAAUCAAUGCCUUGUGGAUGCAAUCAAUAAAAUGAAUACACAAAAGCCUAAAUUAUUUGUAUCGUUUUCUGGAGUGGGAAUAUAUCCACCCAAUACAGAUAAAUGUAAACCAUAUACAGAGAGCUAUGAUGUUAAAGAAUUUGAUUACUUGUCGAAAUUAGCAAUUGGUAUUGAAAAAAGUGCCAUACCAAAAUCAGACGAUGUACGCUCAGUAAUAAUAAGAUUAGGGGUUGUAUUUGGCCGACAAGGUGGAUUUAUAAGUCAACUUUAUCCAUUCUUUCGUUUUGGUUUUGGAAUAUGUAUGGGUAAUGGUUCUCAAUUCUUACCUUGGAUACACAUAGAUGAUGUCUGUCGUUUAGUGUUGUUUGCUAUUGAAAACAAUAGUUUAGAGGGUAUUGUCAAUGGAGUUGCUCCUGAAAUAAUUACCCAUCAUUACUUUGCUAAAAGUUUUGUUGAAGUCUUCGGUCAUAGUUUUGUAUUAAAAGUUCCUGGAUUUAUUUUCAAGUUAAUAUUUGGAACGGAGCGAGCAAAAAUGGUUUUAGAAGGACAAGCGGUCGAACCAACCAAAUUAAACAACUUAAAUUUUUCGUACAAAUUGCCUGAUAUUAAAACAGCAUUGUGUCGUGUAUCUCAGGAAUAAUUUGAUGUAUUGGCAACAGUUUCUAAUCAAUUUGGUAGUUUUAAAGAUGAGGUAUAAUCAACUGGCUUAUCAGAACAAAGUUGAAUAUUUUUACAAAGCUUCGUCUCCUGUUUGAUAAAGCUCGGCCUGUCCAUUUCUGUGUGUCAAUGGUUGUUUUUCUGGUGCACUAGAAGGCCGAUUGCGUUUGAAGAAUCCACACUACGAAAAACAAAAUAUUCAGUUAUUAAAAUGUAUGCAUUUUUACAUGUUAUAUUUGUAAACUUUUAUGAAAAAAUUACGAACAAACCAAAAAUCAUAAUUUAUGACAUUUUACUUGCAAUGAAUUAAAUAAAGUCUUACUUAUAUCA